AUGACCAGGCUCACAGUUCUAGCAGGGUUAUGUCUGGUGAUGUGCCACCUGGGAUCUGCCAACCAGAUGGUGUGCUACUUCACCAACUGGUCCCAGUACAGACCUGGUGAAGGCAAGUAUAUGCCACAAGAUGUGGACCCCUUCCUUUGCACCACCCUGAUCUAUGCCUUCUCCAUCAUCAACAAUAACAAUGAGCUGGUUACCUAUGAGUGGAAUGAUGAUGUCCUCUACAAGUCCUUCAAUGCUCUAAAGACUAAGAAUCCUCAUCUGAAGACUCUUUUGGCUGUUGGUGGGUGGAACUUUGGUUCAAAACAGUUCUCCAUCAUGGUAUCCACUCCUGCCAACCGUCAGUCAUUCAUCCAGUCUUCAAUCAAAUUUCUGAGGACUCAUGGAUUUGAUGGUCUGGAUCUCGAUUGGGAGUACCCUGGUGCUCGUGGAAGUCCUCCAGAGGACAAACAGAGGUUCACGUUACUCUGCAGGGAACUUGUUGAAGCCUAUGCAGCUGAAGCAAAGGCCACUAGCAAUCGUCAGCUCAUGUUGACUGCUGCAGUGUCUGCUGGAAAGGGAACCAUCGAUGGUGGAUAUGAGAUUGCUGAGAUUGCAAAGGAACUGGAUUUCAUCAAUGUAAUGACCUAUGACUUCCAUGGAACAUGGGAGACGUUCACAGGACACAACAGCCCUCUCUACCGUGGCUCCCAGGAUUUUGGAGACCUAAUCUACUUCAACACAGACUUUGCUAUGAAGUACUGGAGAGAUAAUGGCACCCCAGUGGAGAAGCUGAGGAUGGGAUUUGCUACUUAUGGUCGCACCUUCCGUCUAACAUCAUCAAGCACUGGAGUUGGAGCCCAAGCCAGUGGCCCUGCUUCAGCUGGUUCAUUCACACGUGAAGCUGGAUUCUGGUCCUAUUAUGAGAUCUGUGGUUUUGUGAAAGACACAACCAUUCAGUGGAUAGAGGACCAGAGAGUGCCCUAUGCUACUAAGAACAAUGAGUGGGUUGGAUUUGACACCAGGAAGAGCUAUGAAAUCAAGGUCCGAUACCUGCAGGAGCAGAAGUUUGGUGGUGCCUUCGUAUGGGCCCUGGAUUUGGAUGACUUUGCUGGACGAUUCUGCGGAGAGGGAAAACACCCUCUGCUGGCUCACCUCCGCAAGCUUCUUGAUAUUGAGCUGCCACCACUGCCCCCAACCACCACUCCCAAACCUGGUGCUACCACCACUACCCAAACCACCACCACCACCACGACCACCCAUGCCCCAGGACCUGGCUUCUGCAAUGGCAAACCUGACGGCCUGCAUGCCAACCUAGAUGACAAUAACAGCUUCUACAUGUGUGCUGGUGGUAUCACCCACGUGAGGUACUGUGGAACUGGAACUAUCUAUAAUGACAGCUGCAAGUGCUGCAGCUGGCCCUGA